CCAACCCAAAAACAAAAACCCUCCUACUACUCUCCAUACACACAUAUUUUUCUAGUAAAAUGUCCACUCGACGAUCAAAGGUUUUGGUAUACUUGCCAACUAAUCAGGUGAUAUCGUCCUACUCUGUAUUAGAGCAGAUUUUGAAAGGUUUAGGGUGGGAAAGGUAUAGUGGAGUUCCUGACCUCUUGCAAUACCACAAGCACUCUUCUAAUGACCUCAUCUCACUCCCAAGAGACUUCUCCAGGUUCAACUCAGUUUAUAUGUAUGAUAUUGUCGUUAAGAAUCCCAAUGUCUUCCACGUUCGGGAUAUGUGAGAAACUACUCCAUCCCUCAAUUCCCUCCAUAUUAUAUAUGCUCCUCAUAAUAACUUUCUUCUAUGUGUGAUGACUUGAGCUUAAAUAUUUCUCCUUUAUAUAUAUAUAUAUAUAUAUAUAUAUAUAAAAGGAGUUUGAAUAUUAGUGUAUGUCUUCUACAUAUAAAUAUGAUCAAUAGUUAUAUGUUUAUGUAAGCUUUGUAAUAAUUAAUGUUAUUGUAA